CUCCACCACCCACCUCCCCUCCUCCUCCUGCUCCGCCUCCUCCUCCUGCCAUUCGUCACCACCCAAACCAUACUGAACAUCACCAACCGAUGCUCCUACACCGUAUGGCCGGCCGCUUUGCCCAUGGGCGGCGGCAUGCGGCUGGACUCAGGGAAGACAUGGACCCUCCAGGUGCCUUCUGACACCCGUGGAGGAAGUGUGUGGGCGCGCACAGGCUGCUCGUUUGACGGCAAAGGCAGCGGGUCGUGCCAGACAGGCGACUGCGAAGGCUUGCUCGCCUGCGAGUUAGAUGGGCUUCAAUGUACCCAUGGAGUUCCUGCCAAUGCCGGUCAAGGGACAAGGAGCCAGGGUGCACAAAGGGGCCACAAUGUGGGGCGAACAUCACGUCACGGUGUCCGAGCGAGCUCAAGGCGCCGGGAGGCUGCAACAGCGCAUGUAACGCGCUUCAAAACCAGUCCAGUUUGUACUGCUGCUAUGGAAGACAUUGUGAAUCCAACGAAUAUUCGGCCUUUUUUGUGCGGAUGUGCCCGGAAGCAUUAAGCUUCUCCAGCGACGCUCCUUCACAAACUGCAUUCAGUUGUCCAUGGGAUACCAACUACCAGGUCAUCUUCUGCCCACCGAUCAAUCCAACGUCUUUACCUCCAAGUCAUCCUAACAAAUCUGGUUUUAGGCCAGUAAGCACAGAACCAUCAUCUAGGAAAGUAAUCACUGUUGUUUUGAUUGCAAUUACUGGUCCCAUAGUUUUCGUUCUCGCAUUGAUCUUUUUCGCUGUAUAUCGAAAAAGAACACGGCGGCACCAUGAGAUGGAGGAAGAGGAGGCAGAGUUCAGUCAGCUACAAGGAACACCAACGAGGUUUACGUUUCAACAGUUAGAAGCAGCAACAGAGCAAUUCAAGGACAAGCUUGGGGAAGGAGGAUUUGGGUCUGUUUUCAAGGGGCAGCUAGGCGAGGAAAGGAUUGCGGUAAAACGUUUGGAUCGAGCUGGUCAGGGGAAGAGAGAAUUUUUGGCGGAGGUUCAGACAAUCGGAAGCAUUCAUCAUAUCAGUCUGGUGAGGCUGUUUGGCUUCUGUGCAGAGAAAUCCCAUAGGCUCUUGGUUUAUGAGUAUAUGCCAAAAGGAUCCUUGGACAGGUGGAUCUAUGGUCGACAUGAAAAUAGUGCUCCUCCGUUAGAAUGGAGGGUGCGGUGCAAGAUUUUCGCUGACAUAGCUAAGGGUCUGUCUUAUCUUCACGAGGAUUGCAUGAAGAGAAUUGCCCAUUUGGAUGUCAAACCACAAAACAUCCUCUUAGAUGACGACUUCAAUGCUAAACUUUCUGAUUUUGGUCUAUGCAAGCUCAUUGAUAGGGAUAUGAGUCAAGUGGUUACAAGAAUGAGAGGCACACCUGGUUAUCUAGCCCCUGAAUGGUUGACAUCACAAAUCACGGAGAAGGCCGAUGUCUAUAGCUUUGGCGUUGUGGUGAUGGAAAUCGUGAGCGGAAGAAAGAACCUCGACACUUCCCUGUCUGAAGAGAACAUCCAUCUUAUUACCCUAUUGGAAGAAAAGGUGAAGAAAAAUCACUUGGAAGAUUUGAUUGACAAGAGCAGCAACGACAUGCAAGCGCACGAGCGAGAUGCGAUUCAGAUGAUGAAGCUCGCGAUGUGGUGUUUGCAGAUUGACUGCAAAGGAAGGCCUAAAAUGUCCGAGGUGGUCAAAGUCUUGGAAGGUACCAUGGAUGCAGAGAGCAACAUAGAUCAUAACUUUGUCGCAACAAAUGAACCAAAUUUCGGUAUUGCUGGAAAUGUGAACUCUUCAGCUCCACCUGUAGCCUCAGAUGUAUCAGCUCCAAGGUGAAAUGCGACAAUCCCAGCAAGACAGACAGUACGAUUAUGAGCAGAUGAUGUUCUGAAAGUAAAAGACCUGUCUGCUACCUGUAUCUUUUCCAAGCAGUACAAUCUGAAGCUGCUUAUCUUGAGUUAAUUUUACCUGCAAAAUGUUUUAAUAUUAAAAACCUUCUUGUUCUACAGCAAAGAACUUAUUUUAUUCUACAGUUUGUUCAGUUUCUCGCUGUAAUGCAGACCUGUUUCCAAUUAUUCUAGUUGAAAUUAA